AUGGCGAUCUGUCUAAAUCAAAAUCGAAACCAGCUGUGUUUUAUCUUUGGUUUUGUCCUUCUGCUUUCCCCGAUUGACCUGCCCCAGGGUCAUAUAAUGGAAAAUUCCUACAAAGUGAAAGUUUGUCCAUUAAAUAAAAUAGAGUGGAAGAAGGCAUCGCAAAGACUAAACUGCACAGACGAUAUGGAGAAUCCUGUAAACAGAUACCACUGUCUACCUGUCCAUAACUUAACUGCAUUAGUGGAGUUCUGCUAUAACCAGAUCAGACCUCGAGUUGUGAAAGGAUUGUGUAUGGUAUAUGUACAAGGAAUUAAAACCAUUAACAAUUACAACUGCUCAAAUUUUGAAGAAGGCUGUCCCGAUACCAACUACUUUAGCGAUGAAUCGUAUAAAUUCUCAGGAUGCAUACAAAUUGACCCCACAAGGCGCUGCUAUCUUGCAGAACCCUCAUGCAGACCGGACACACAUAACUAUAAUGAUAACCGGGUUCCUGUUGCUUGGUUUAUAUCCUCAGCUGCAGUAAUUAUUGUGAUUCUCAUAGCAAUUGCUGCUACUUGUACAUGGAAAAGAAGAGGUUGCCAUAAAAGGACAGAAAAUACCAAUGAAGAAGAACUUAAGAAGCUAACUAAAUUAACUGAUAAAAAAACGGGUAUGUAUAUUUCAGAGAUAUUGCCAUGUAAUAUAUUGUUAAUUUCAAAUUUAGGAUGGAGGCAGCUCUCAUUAAAAGUUUUUGAGAAAGACAUUGUUUUGUCAAAAAUUGAUGGAGAGCAAGUUACAGAGGUGACGCAUAUUUCCCGUGUUACAUCUGAAAUAUUGUGGAUAGAAAACAAAUAUCGGUUUAUGAAAAUAGAUCACAGUGGCAGAAUUUUGUUUUACCAUAAUAUUAAUGUAUAUUGGGGAUGUUCGUCUUUUACGGUGGAUGAAAAUGGAGACGUUUUCUACAUUAAAGAAAACACCAAAGUGAUAAAAAUGUCACCAACAGGAGAAAAUCCCACACAGCUGAUAAAGAUUAACGGUCAAUCAAACAUAUUAAAUAUUUGCUCUACGAGAUUGGGAGGAGAAAUACUGCUAAGAGUUUCUGUUGAAAAGUUGAACAAACAUUGGACAUAUAUAACAAGAUACAAAAAAAGCGGAGAACAUCUGUUUCAAUUCGAGUACCAAAAUUACGAAAAACUGCAUACUUCUCCUUGGUUCCUAUCAGUUAAUAUAAAUGGUGAUAUAUGCGUUUCAGAUCAGUUGGAGUCUGAAGUUGGAGCUUUUGAUGAGGAAGGAAAUAGGCUUUUUACCUACAAAGGUCUUCCGCCUCAUGAUUUCAGCCCUACAGGAAUUUGUAAUGAUUUUCUUGGACACGUGCUUGUGUGCAACGGGUCCAAUCCCAGUGUUCAUAUGCUUGAUAUGAAGGGCAACUUUAUUGCAAUAAUCAUACAAGAUAUAGAAGAUGUCAAAGAUCCAUGGGGAUUGUGUGCUGAUGACAACGGGAAACUAUUUAUUGGUCAAAAAAAUUUCGGCAUGAUCAAAGUGUUUCAAUAUCUUAAAAACAACUAAAUA